UCUCUGCAGGGGCAACAUGCUCAAUCGAUGCUCCACCUUCUUAGAGAAAUCCUCGACGGCAUCCAGAUAAACCCGGCGGCGGACAUCCCUUUUGUGGUGGCGGACUUGGGCUGUUCAUGUGGAAGCAACACCAUUUACAUGAUUGACGUUAUUAUCAAGCACAUGACGAAGCGAUACGAGGCUAUGAGUUAUAACCCGCCGGAAUUCUCAGCCUUCUUCUCCGACCUCCCUUCUAAUGACUUCAACACUCUCUUUCAGCUUCUGCCGCCCUACGGCGGCAGUAGCAUGGAAGAAUGCCUAGCUUCAGACGGCCACCGCUCUUACUUUGCUGCUGGAGUUCCGGGAUCUUUCUACCGGCGGCUCUUCCCAGCCAAAUCUGUUGAUGUUUUUUACUCUGCAUUUUCUUUGCACUGGCUCUCUCAGGUUAUUCUUAUACAAGUCUUGAUAUAUCUUACUACUUAGACAAAUUCUACGUUUCCGAUAACAAUUGACUACCCUCCUUCAGCUGAAGUCUUGAAGAUGAGGCCAAACCCCUCUUAUAUUUUAUUUUCUUUAAUAAUAAAUAUGUCAUAAAUAGUGGUUUAACUAAAAAAAUGUUGAUGUAGCCUUAGGGUUUGAAA